AAACUGAUAUUUCGAACAUUUUGGCAAUCUUUAAUUUCAUAGGGCAACAACCAGAAAACUGCAGUACAUUUCUUAAACCCCAGGGUUUCCCUCUCUCUUUCUAAAAGUUUCGGCAAAACUUCAGGGGAAAUCUCAGUACUGGAAUUGCAGGGUUGGGCUUCAAGCUCUUACUAAAGGUAGACAACUAAUCUGCUGCAUUUGGGUGCGAGAUUUUAGGGCUUAGGGUUUUUGGCUUUGGGACAUGGAUAAAUGGGCAUUUGGGUUCUGAAAUUUGGGGUCUUCGAUUUUUGAGUGACGAAAUUCGAUGGAGGAGGGGAGCGAAGGGCUCGUUCUAGUGGCCAGAAAGCCAUGUUUUGGUCUUCCUACUGGUUGUCCCAUAUGCUUACCAGUUCACAUUUACCUGAAGUUCGCCAAUGUACCUUUCACCAUGCACUUCGAUGCUGCAAGUCCAGACUCUGAAGAUAUACCAUCAGUUGAACUUGGCGAUUAUGUGGCAUUCAACAGUGAGAAAGGUGGGGCAAUUGAGGGCCUUAAAGAAGAUGGCAUUGUGGAUUUGGACUCAAAGCUCCCUACUCACAUUGUCCCAGAUUGGUUGGCAAUGAAGGCAAUGAUUACCUCUUGGCUUUCAGAUGCCAUGCUAUAUGAGCUUUGGGUGAACUCAGAUGGAGUGGUUGCUGAUAAGAUAUAUUUUUCUGACCUUCCCUGGCCAAUUGGGAAGGUUCUUCACUGGAAGCAAACGAAAUAUAUGAAGCAACUCCUUGGGAUAAUGGAAGCCAAUGCUAUGGAAAGAGAAGCAGAGAUUUAUCUGAAGGCUGCUCUAGCAUAUGAUGCGCUCUCCACAAAGCUUGGAGAGCAGAACUUUUUCUUUGAAAAUAGGCCUACAAGCUUGGAUGCUAUUUUCCUUGGACAGACCCUUUUUGUUAUUCAUGCUUCAGCUGAUACAUCUAUCUUGAGAUCCAAGCUCAUGGAGCAUGAAAAUCUAGUAAGGUACACUGAGAGUCUCAAGACCCAAUUCUUGGAAGCCAGUUCAUCGUCGUCAUCAUCAUCAGUACCCAGAGCUUCAUUUGGUUCUUCAUCAUCAUGGUCAUCCUCGACAUCAAGAGGCAAAGGUGGAGCUUCACGUGGAGGUGCAAAGCCUAAGAAGAAGGAAAAAACAGAGGAGGAAAAGACCUUCAAAAGGAGGGGCAAGUACUUCUUGGCAGCACAGUUCAUUGCUGUGGUUGUCUUUCUCUCUCUGAUGGGCCCUUCCGAUGAUGUUGAUGUCGAGAUCGAAGAUGAUGGAUUGAAUUAUGAGGACUAGAAUUUCCCAUUUUACUUUUUCCUUUUUGGUUAAGAUUUUUGAGUCUUACCAAUUGAAAAAUUUUGUGUUUCUUAAUCAAUGGUACGCAAGGAAGUGAUGAAAUUUUGAGUCAAUGAACUUUCACGGGCUUUUAUUGUUCAAUUGUUCAUUAUUUGAGGGAAUUUAAUGGAUUUUGAGGAUAAUGAAUGGGUCUCCAACUCACUAUUUCAACAAUAAACUUUAUCUAAAUUCUCGGUUGAGGCA